AUCCAAAUAUUAACAAUAUCAAGGUGGGAGGGGAGAAACAGGAGAAGAAAGCAGGAGGAAGGAAGAUAUGGGUUCGUGUCCUCCCUUUGACUUUUCUGCAAAGUAUUACCAUGUUUCAGAUGGCGGCAGCGGCUGUGUCCGGCAGAGCAACUUCUUUGAGGGUAAACCGGUGCUCAAUCAAGGCGUCGGUUACUCUGUUAUUCUCGGCUUUGGUGCCUUCUUCGCCGUCUUCACUUCCUUCCUCGUUUGGUUAGAGAAGCGAUAUGUUGGUUCCCGCCAUACAUCGGAAUGGUUCAACACCGCCGGCCGGAAUGUCAAAACA